AUGGCCGUCGAGGACUGGUUCGUCCAGGAAUGCGGUCCAGAAUCUGACUACCUUUCAUACGAUGGCCUGCCGGCCUGUGCGCGGAGUUGUCUACACCCAGCGCUUGUCUAUUACGGCUGUGUCAGCGAGGGCCGCAACUGCUUCUGUCUUCAUGGGAGCUUAUUUGAUUGCCAGUCGAACUGCCACAAGGAGAGCGAGAGAACGGCCAUCAAGAACUGGCUAGUGGAGCGCUGCGGUGUCAGUCCUGCACUGGGCCAGAAAGGGGCCGACACCGGUGUGUUCUAUGGCUCCGCGGAGGACGAUUCCGAGUCGAGACAGUCACCUGUCCUUUUCCGGCCCAAACGGAAGGAAUUGAAGUGGUACGAGAUUUUUGCGAUUGUGCUGCUUUGCGUCUCCAUCCUGGUGGGAGUACUGGUCUGGAUUGAUCUCCGCGUCCGGGAAAGAAAAAGACGCAAGCCAGCACGGGCCCGAGGCUGGGGUGGGAUAGCUCAUGCUCUGAGAGAGAAUCGACUUUCGCUCCGGCUGCGGGGGAUGGGAAAAUGGAAGGCUCUUCCAGGAGAUGCAGAAGGGUGA